CUCCGAGCAGCUCAGCGCAUCUCCCAGCAGAUGCGUUUUCCAUUGGGUGUCAGGGUCCGUAUACGAACAACGACUUCGGUUCGGCAAUUUCACUCGUCUCUUGUGCUCGUCUUCCAUCCUGCAUCUCGCCGCAAAAUACAUGCCAGCCCAGAAACGCCCUCAACCCGACGACGACGAGGUCCAAUACGUCGGGUUCCACCGCGUCGACCUCGCGAAGAGCGUGGUCCACAGCACCAAGCUCGAGGAAGACGGGCUCGUGUACUGUGGCUACCUCAACACGCAAGACUAUUCGAAUUAUCCUCCGCCACCGGUCAAGCAAAAUAUCAAGCAGAAUACAAAUAAAAAACCAGACAUCAUCGAUUUAGUCUCCUCGGACGGCGAAGACGAGCGCGCAUCUAGUAGUGCGGCCGGGCCGUCGACCACUUCGACUUCUUCGGCGCCCCGGAGCUUGAGCAUGUCGCAAGCCAGCACGAGCACACAGCUGUCGGACAAGACACUUGUCAAUGCACCGGCGGCAGUCCAUGUACAGCCGAAACUCAUAAUCAGGCCUACUUCCCCGUCUGCUCGCGCCAAACGUGCCACUCCCGGAGAGUUCACGAUACCCGGGACGAGCAAACGGCGUAAGAAGGAAGAGAAGCGCCGGACGCAGCAGCGCCAGUCACUCCCAUUGAUGCCAAUCCGUUCACCGAAACGCACCCGGUCGACUCAACGUUCGCCCUCGGCCGCAAUACCUCAGGACGUAAUCUAUGUGGGUGACUCGAGCGAAGACGAACGAGAAGUCAAGAGAGCACGUACGACAGAGAGCCCUGCCAGACAAUCCAUCUCCAACGAACAGGAACAUACGCGCGACACUCGGUCACUCACCGUGACCACACCUGGAUGGGAGACGUGGUUGGACCAAGACUUCCCGGAAUUCCUACCUUCUGGCUCUUCCCCAGCACGAGGAGAUGAAGACGACAAGGCAUACGACUCCGAAGAUGACUACGCCGUUCUCCAUGACGCGCUCAAUCUCAACAGGAGUGCUAAUUGGUCACCAGCGCUGCCGCACGAACAAUCGCGCGAGUGGGACGAUGAAGAACUAUACACUAGUGCCCACAGCCCAAGAUUACUACGGGCAGUCAUAUAUCUGGACAUCGUUACAUGGGUAUCGUAGGCGUCGUACGGACAACUUCGCGAUCCUUCGCGGCCUCCAGCCAGUAAUGAAUCUCGCGCACGCGCCCGGCGCUGUCAACCGCAUUGUACAGAAAAACGGGAUUAUCGCUAUUGCGAGCGCGGCUUCUGGUGGGGACGAAGAUCCGCUCGAGCUGUCCACUAUCGAUCCGUACAACCGGGAAGGCACGCUC